CAACGUCUCCUCCACAUUUCGAAUCCUCCUCGCGCACAGAGAGGCGUCAUAAUUUCCUCCUCCUCGCGCCGCGCAUCCAACCAGCCCACACGCGCAGGCAUGGCAACGACGACGGCGGCGGGGGACGUGGAGGCGGGGGCGGGGUCUCCGAUCGCGGCGUUCGCGGUGGCCAAGGGCGGCGUCGUGCUGAAGCACAUCUUCCUCAACGGGCCGCCGACGGAGGCGGCGCGGCGCGGCCCGGAUCGGGAUCGGGUGGAGGAGGAGGCGGAGGAUCCGCCGGUACUGUUUGGGCGGCACCCCGACUGCCACGUCCUCAUCGACCACCCCAGCGUCAGCCGCCGCCACCUCGAGGUCCGCUGCAAGCGGCGCCAGCGCCGGAUCACCGUCACCGACCUCUCCUCCGUGCAUGGGACCUGGGUCUCGGGCCAAAGGAUCCCACCAAACACGCUGGUGGAGUUGGUGGCUGGUGAUACACUACAGCUCGGGGCCUCCAAGAGGGAGUACCGGCUUCAUUGGCUUUCCCUGCGCGAGGCAUUUGAGAUGGAUGACCUGCUGCCACCACUUGUUGAGGAGGACAAGGAGGAUAUCCAUACUCAUCAGGAGGCACGGAAUCAGUUGGUGCCUGAGCAGAGGGAGCCAAUGGAGACAAAAACUCAUCAGGAGACAAAACAUCAAGUGGUAGCAGAACAAACUGAAUGUUGGGCUGAAGCGAUCCCCUCGGCACCACCAUUGCCUGAGUCUUCGCUCUCACAUUUUCAUGACAACAGAGUGGGAGUGAUAAAGGAAACGAUUGUUAGUGAGAAUUCAAUUACAGAAUCUGUUGCCUCUUCAGUAAUACAGGCAGCUGGAAAACCAGUCCAAUCAGACAAACAGAAAUCGUCAGGCACCAUGUCCCGAAGGGCCAAGUUGAAGUCAGUGAAAUCUCUUUACAUUGACACAGGAAGGAGAAGCAGGACUUUGAGCUACAGCUACAAGAACGAGGAAGCCCAAAAUGAGAAUCUUGUAUGUUCUCAAAACUGCAAGGGAGAAUGUGCAGCCUGCAUGGUUUUGUUUGAUAAUUCUGACGUCAAAGCUGGAGAGAAGGAAAAGAUGAUUGCACCAGAAAAGGUCCACAUCAACCCACAUGUCAUGGACAGCAUUACCAUGGAGAGGAAUCAAGAAGUGCCAAACCCUCUGAAUUUGGAGCUCUCAGAUAAUGAGAAGUCCAUACUGAAUUUUGCUAAGGAGACAGAGCAGCAUGACAUUUUCUCUGAAAUCUCUAUCCCACAAGAUUCAUUUGAUACAAAACCACAGAUGGGACCAGAGUCACCGUGUUCUAUUUCCCCUUCGGUUUUCAAAUACGAAGCCUUGGCGAAGCAAACCUCACAGCUGGAUUCUACUAUACAUAUGGAAUCCUAUGAGGCCAUGCCAGAAAAUCCUUUCAUGAAUGACAUGAUUGAUGGAAACACGAAUAGCCACCAAGAGAUGAAGCAUGAUGGUUCGUCCCAUCAUAAAUUGGGUGGAGGUCUGUCAAACAAGGAGGAAAUGACCCAAAAUAAGAUUGUUGUGGAGGACUGUCAGCUUGAAGGCAUAAUUUUGGGGAGUAUAUUCGACAACUUGGAUAUAGAAGCAACUGAGGAAAAAGAAGAGAUCAGUGUACUGGACAAGGAGACUACCACCCCUCAUGUCUCGGGCAAUAUAACAUUUGAGAGGAGUCAACUAAUGUUGAAGCCUACCAGUACGCAAGAGUUGAUGGAUUCCAUUUCCCCUCUGAAUUUGGAACAGGACAACUUUUCAGAGAGUGAAAACUCUGUGCUCAAGAUUGAAAAGAAGAGGAAGUCAAAUGAACAUACAUCUGGAAGUUGUAUUCCGUUAAUGUCAGUUAAAACAGAAUUUAUGCUCAUGUCGGAUGACGAUUUCAAAAAUGACAUCAUUCUAGACAAGGAAAACUCAGUACCUCCUGGAAAUCAUGAUGCUGCCAUCUCCCCUGCUGAACAAGGAAACCUCUUUCUUGAUGAGAAUUUGGCACCUGCCUCCAUGGAUCUCAAGUCCAUCUCUGGAAAGGUUCUUGGCUCAAGGAUGGACAGUUCGGUGUCAGAAGAGUUCACUUCAAACAGGAGCAUCCAUCAAAGGGAAUGCAGUGAACUUUCAUCAGGAUAUGAUGCUACCUCCCCUGUGAGGCAACAAAACAUCUUUCCAGACAAGGAGAACGUGACACCUGCCUCCAGAGUUCUCAAGUCCAUCGGUAGGAAGGUUCUUGGUUCAAGGAUGGAUAAUUCAGUGUCGGCUGAAUACACGCCAAACAGGAGCAUCAGUAAACGGGAAGGCAAUGAUCUACCAUCAAAGUCCAAAGGUUUCCACACAGUAGAUUGCGAAGCUUUCUAUUCAGACAAGGAGAAUUUGACUCCUAUAUCUACAGGAGGUAUGAAAGCAAGAAGUUGUCUUCCGAAGAACCUGUUCCCAGUGGAUGCAGACCAAGAUCAGGAGGCAUUCUGCUCAGACAAGGAGAACUCUACACCAGUAUCUUCUGUAGCUCAGAAAACAAGGGAUGUAUCUGAAAACCGUGCACGAAUUGAAAGUGCAAUCACAAAUAAAAGGGUGGUAGAUAGGCUCCCUUUUCAGACUCUUCUGUCAAAUUCUCCCUUGAGACCAACUAGCUCAUUUGAUUGUACCCAGGCUGAUGCUGGAGAAGCUAAUUUCUCAAUCAGGUUGGAAGAUGAACUGAACAGCCUUACAAACAAAAAACGUGAAUCCAAUAGGGUUGGAGAAGUGGUGAAAGUCUGGACCAUGGUGGCUGAUACAGAUUGUCUUCUUGAUGACGAAUCAAGGAAGUCUAUAAUGCUACUAAAAGGCAUAAAGGGAACCCAUCUGAUCAUACCAAGGAUUGUGAUCCGGGAGCUGGAAUGCAUGAAACAGCGGGAGGGCAUGUUCAAGAGGUCAUCAAAGGCCACCUCCAUAAUCCAAUGGAUCGAGGAUUGCGUGGAGAACGAGAGCUGGUGGAUUCAUGUGCAGAGUUCAUCCGAGAUGUUGCCAGUAGCACCAACCCCACCUGCAACUCCUACAGAAACGCAACGCUACAGUGAAGAAAGUGAAGCCACUGCUGCUGCCGGCGCCUUCAACUCAAUGCUGUCCCUCUUCUCACCAAGGAGCUUUACUGGCAUCUUCUCCCCAAGAAGCCUCACCGACAUCGUUUCCCCCAAGACCGAAGACCGUGUCCUCGACUGCGCCCUCCUCUUCAACAAGCUUAGAGGCAGCAGCCAGAACAUGGUCAUCCUGUCCAACAGCGUCAACCUCAAGAUCAAAGCCAUGUCAGAGGGCUUGCUGUGCGAGGGAGCCAAGGAGUUCCGGGAGACGCUGAUGAACCCUUGCUCUGGGAGGUUCAUGUGGGCUGCGAGCGUGCCGAGGGGGGCGGCGUGGUCACGCCUGGACGAGGCCGCGCUGGCGGAGAACUACUACAACAGCCACCGUGAAUCCAGGAGGAAUGCUGCCCCGAGGCCCGUUGAGGACGCCAGGGGCCUGAAGCUGAUCCUGCUGCACAACAGCUCCUCCCUCUGCCCGCGUUCCGGCGACCAACUCCGUCGCUGAGAAGACGCCACUGCGUUGCCCUCCUGCUCCUGGUGACGCUGUCCUGAGCAGUUGGCACGGUUCUUUCAAGUAGCAUGUGAAAAAUGGCAGAUACAAAACGCCUGGUAAACGAGUUCUUUGAUCCUUGCAGUGAAACACGCUGUCUGUCUGAUAUGGUAUGAUUGCCAUGCCUGGUGACUGAUGAGAAGUUGUGAACUGUGAUGCAAGUUGGAAGACGAGAGAGAAUGUGAACAUGACAAAGUUUACGUUUA